GAAGGGGAAGGCAUAGUACAGUUGACCAAAACCCAGACUCAUCUGGUCAUGGGCAUGGGCAUCUGCCAUUGCAUCCUUCAAGACCUGAGAUUCCUACGUGCCUUUUUUAGUCUUUUCAGCCAGCUAAUGGAAACCAAUUCUGUAUCUUCAAGGCGAGAUCAUGAGGUUUUAGAGUUCCCCUGACUAAUAACAACAGAAAAUUGAGACAGAUCUACAGCAGCCAAGUGCCAGCACAUCUCUGCAUCUCAACUUUACUAUUAGCCUCAGGGUGACUGUGCCUCAGGAUGGCAACUUCAAACCUAGAGAACCAGCUACAGAGUGCCCAGAAGAAUCUGUUGUUUCUCCAGCGAGAACAUGCCAACACGCUGAAGGGGCUGCACGCUGAGAUCCGACGCCUGCAGCAGCACUGCACAGAUUUAACCUAUGAGCUGACUGUAAAGAGUUCAGACUUGUCAGGAAAUGGUAGUUCAAGAAGUGAUGAACUCAAAAGAAAGUGUGAAGAUCUUGAAGCUCAGCUGAAAGCCAAAGAGGCUGAAAAUAAUGAAUUAUUGAAAGAACUUGAACAAAAGAAUGCAAUGAUAAUGGUGCUGGAAAAUACUAUUAAAGAAAGAGAAAAGAAGUAUUUGGAAGAGUUAAAAAUGAAAAGCCAUAAGCUCAAUAUGUUGUCAAGUGAACUAGAGCAGAGAGCGAGCACUAUUGCUUAUUUAACUUCUCAACUGCACGCUACUAAGAAGAAGCUGAUGAGUUCAAGUGGGACUUCGGAGGGGACCCCUUCUGGCAGUCCCGUGUUGUCCAACUAUAAGCCGUCCCCUCCCAAAGAUAAACUGCCGGAGACUCCGCGGCGCAGAAUGAAGAAGAGUCUGUCAACACCACUCAACCCCGAGUUUGAAGAGGCCUACAGAAUAGGAUCGGAUAGCCGGAAGCUGCUGUUACGAGAGCCUGUGGAUGCCAUGCCUGAUCCCACUCCAUUUCUGUUGGCCCGGGAAACGGCAGAGGUACAUCUUAUUAAGGAGAGGCCGUUAGUUAUUCCACCUAUUGCUUCAGAUCGUGCAUCUGGUGAAUCGCACAGCCCGGCCCGAGAGAAGCCGCACAAGGCACACAUUGGGGUGGCGCAUCGCAUCCACCACGUCGCACCAUCCCAGCCUCAGCCGGAGGUUGAAACACUGGCAGUGGAUCAGGUCCAUGGAAGCAAAGUGGUCAGAAAGCACUCAGGGACAGACAGAACUGUUUGA